GGCGGCUGGCCACAUACACCAGGUCAGGCCCUGGGGAACGGGGCCACUGGGCCUCCCCCCAGCUGCGGUGGGCAGGGAGAGGGUGCCAGGCUGGUCAUGGGUGCAUGUGAGGGCAGAGGCUGCUUGAGGCUUCUCCUCGGCCCCUGGCAGCUGCCCCGCGUCCUCCUCCCCCAGCCCCCCAGCACUGCCGGUCCGCACUGUCGUUCUACUGACACCUCUUCCCGGGGCUUCUGACCAGCUUUGAGCCCCAGGAUGAAGGGCCCAUCCUUGCCGUGGCUUCUGGGGCCUCCUGUGGGAUCCACUGGACCCUGGGCACCCUUCUGUCACCUUCACUUCACAGAUCAUGAAAUGGGACUUGGGCUGAGCUCACCGCCCUGGCGAAGCACACCAACCCUGGGUGGGGGACUCCUCGGGGCCAGAUAGGGUGCCAGGCCACAUACGCCUUCAGGUGUUGGGCAAGCAUGGCGCCCUCUUCCAUCCUGUUUCCUCCUCUGUAGAGUAGUGGUGUGGCACCUCGUGCAGUCAGGUAGGAGAGUAGAGUUCUGAGGGCCCGUCCUGGGAGGUCUCAGAGCUACCCCUCCACGCCGUCAGCCACUCUGAGCUGCCUGUAGUGCCCUUCCUCCUCCUCAACCCUUCCAGGCUUUUAAGCCGAGUUGAAUAGCCACCUCCUCCAUGAAGCUGGAGGCCGUCCUGCUCCAAACCCCUCUGAUGGCAUGGAGCACGCAGGCCGGACCUCGAGAUCCUAGGUGGCAGGGCUGGCAUCAGUCAGCUUGCCACCACCCACCCAGGCCAGGCACUAGGUGCUGAGACUUUGGAGGGCUGGAGAGCCAGGGACGCCCAUGGGGGCGGGAUCAGCAAGGUCUGAGGCGUUAAGGGCAGCCUGGCAGGGUCUCUGCUGCCACCCCAGGUCAGGACCAGCACCAGCCUGGCUGAGCAUGCCCCCUUCCUGCCUCCCCUUACCCUUGGGCCCUGUGAGCCUCCUCCUCCUGGUGUCCAGGCUCUGCUGGGGCCUGCCCAGGUCAGACCUCCCUUCCCUACCCAGCAGGAAUGUGUCCUCCUGCUGUCCCCCAGGAGCUCUGUGGCCUGGGAUUUGAGGAGUGCCUGGGGUCCAUCCCCCAGGCUCACCAGUGCCACUUAACAAAUGGGGAAACUGAGGCCCAAGAGAAAGCAGUGCAGCGGCCGGGGGAUCGGCAGAGCCCCGGCCUGGUGUGGAGGCUCACCCCCUUGUCACUCGGGCUUGGCCAUAAGCAUCCGUCCAGCAGGGCCCAGUGCCAGCUGCAGCCCCAGGCUCACAGCUCAGUGGAGCGUGGAGGACAAGGAGGAGGCCGCCCCAGAGCAGUGCCGGCAUGAGCGAGACAGGCAGCUGCAGGCCCAGGACGAGGACGGAGGCCGCCAUGUCCCCGAACAGCCAGAGCAGGAGAUGCUCCUCAGCCCGAAGGCCUCGGAGGCCCCUGAACUGGAUGAGGAUGAGGGCUUUGGUGACUGGUCCCAGAGGCCAGAGCAGCAGCAGCUUGAGGGGGCCCAGGGCACCCCACACGGUGGAGAGCCCACCCGGUGCAGGAGUCCUGAGGGGGAGCAAGAGGACAGGCCCGGCCCGCAUGCCAGUGACGAAGGCCACCUGGAGGAGUUGAGUCAGAGCAAGGAGGGGCCAGACCCGGAGGACACCGUCCAGGACAACCUGGGGGCCGCCGGGGCCAAGGAGGAACAAGAGCACCGGAAAUGUCAGCAGCCCAGGACACCCAGCCCCUUGGUCUUGGAGGGGACCACCGAACACAGCCCGCCUCCCCCGAGCCCUACCACCAAAGUAGGUCAGCUCAUCGACAGGACCGAGUCUCUACACCGCUCCAUAGAGAAAAGUAACAGUGUAAAGAAGUCCCAGCCAGACCUGCCCAUCUCCAGGAUUGACCAGUGGCUGGAGCAAUACACCCAGGCCAUUCAGACCUCUGGCCAGACCCCCAGGCUAGCCCGCCAGGCCUCCAUAGAGCUGCCCAGCAUGGCUGUGGCCAGCACCAAGAGUCUGUGGGAGACCGGUGAGGUACAGGCUCAGUCUGCGGCCAAGACACCACCCUGCAAGGAUAUUGUGGCUGGAGACAUGAGCAAGAAAAGCCUCUGGGAGCAGAAGGGAGGCUCCAAGACCUCGUCGACAAUUAAGAGCACCCCAUCUGGGAAGAGGUAUAAGUUUGUGGCCACCGGACAUGGGAAGUAUGAGAAGGUGCUUGUGGAGGGGGGCCCAGCGCCCUAGGCCUCCCAUCUUGCUUCCUGGGUCUGCAGGUCCAGCCGGGUGGCACCCUCCAAGUACCCAGGGGAGAUUCCGGCCAGACACCCGCCCCUUGCCCUGGCUAAGAAGUGGCUUCGUGUUACCAGCAUGGCCUACCCUCACCUCUUUGAUGCCCCUUGCUGUCACCUCCUUUUGCUCCUGGACCCUUCAGCCUCCCUGCCCUUCCACUCUCUGACCCACCGCCCCCCCCCCCCGCCCAGCCUGCCCUGCACCCACCCAGCUCUGUUUCUCAUUACUUGGGGGAGGAAAGAAACUCCUGAUCAUUGGCCAAAGGGACUUACCCCUGGAGAGGCCAAGUGCCUUCUAGGAAGGUAAGAGGUUGAGUCACAGCCUGUGCAGAGAGGGCAAGUCACCCCCUAGAUCCGAGGGGAACCAGAUCUAAAGCUGACUGCAGCCAUGCAGGAGGCUGGAGGCUGAGGCCCCGCCACUCUUCGCUUGCUGCCCCACCCCGCAGUUUGUGUAAUAAAGCUCCCUGUGUAUUC